AGCGGCGCGCGGCGGGGCCGACAGGGGGCAGCCCCGGCCCGUCCGGUCCGUCCCGGAUCCGGUAGGGGCAGCGCCCGACGGGGGCUGUCGGGGGUGUCCGGCUCCGCUCCCCUCGCUCGGUACCGGAGAACCGGCGCAGGGCACACGGCGGCGGCUAUGGACGGCGGGGCGGCGGCAUGAGGCGGCGGAGGCGGCGGGGAGCAUGGCGGCGGCGGGCGGCGGCGGGGCGCGGCGGGGGCUGCUGAAGCGGAAGCCGAACUUCACGCUGCAGGAGCUGGAGGUGCUUAUGAGCGAAGUGCUCCGGUACGAGCCGCUGCUGUUCGGCGCCGCCGCUGGUACCGUGAACGCGUACGAGAAGCAGAAGAUCUGGUGGCGGAUCACGCACAAGGUGAACGCCGCCGGCCGCCACCAGCGCGACAUCGGCGAGGUGAAGAACCGCUGGCGGGGGCUACGCCGCCGCGCCGGGGACAAGAUCAGCCGGCACCGGCUGGAGAGGCAGGGCCCGGCCGGCAGGGCCGCCGCCAGAAACGGGAACACCGGGAGCACCGGGAAUAACGGGAGCAACGGGAACGGCGCGGCCGAGCCCGGCCCGGGGCCCGCCCCCGCCCCCGUCUGGGGUCCUCGCGGCGCCGCCGGAACUGACCCUCCCAUGGGCAGCGCCGAGGGGUCGGCACAGCACGGUGAAUGUGUAAAGGAGGAGCCUUUGGAGGUGAAGACUGAGCCCUUCCACCGCCCUGCUGCCGACGGCGUUCCCGGCCGCCGCUCAGACUGUCGGCGGCCCCGCACCGGCAUCAGCCCGCCCAACGAGGGCUGGAGCCGGAGCCCCCCGCGCUCUGCACCCACCGAACUCUCCCUCGGCGACCUCCGAGGGCAGCAGGAACCGCUGGGCUCCGACUUCCCGAGUCUGCUAUUGGAGCAGGAGGCCGAGCAGCUUAGUCACUGCGGCGCGGGAGAGGCGGGGCCCCCCGGGGGGUUGGACGGGACCCCUGAGUGCCCCCAGCUCGGCCUCGUGCAGUCCAAUGAGCGGCUGGUGCAGGAGAUGCGGGCGUUCCGCCGGGAAUACGCCGAAAGCCGUCGGGAGACCACGGCGAUGCUGCGAGGCAUCGCCCAGGCGCUGGGCGGGCUCAAUCGCAGCCUGGCCGAAAUCCGUGACAUCUACCUCCGGGAGCGGGGGGUCCCCAAAUCCUGAGCCUCCCACGCAGCUGGCUGUGUACACACACCCCUGCCCCUCCCCCCAGAACCCACGUCGCUGCUUUUAUUAUUAUUUUUAUUAUUAUUUCUUUUCCUGCCCGUCCCACUUCAAUAAAAGUCAGAGCUGCACCCCCACGGCUCCCCCCAC